GGCGUUCCGACGCUCGCCUCAGUCGUCCGACAACAGUCUGACAGAGUGAACGCGCCAACCCUUCGUGCAAACGCGUCCCGACAACCACGACGAAAACUUCGGAAUACCGCGAAUUUCCACGUGCGUUUCUCAGUGUUUUUUUUUCUACCGAGCGAAGCUCAUCCUGAAGGACCAGACACCUUCAAGUGCCGCUCGCCGACCCCACGCCACCCCCAUAAGCGAAAAGAUCCACAUAACCACACCCCAAAUCACAUCAAGCUUCUCUGCUUUUAUGGUCCCAUGCGGAUGCAACGUGCUUGGAAUGGGGGGUGAAAAGGCCCGUCCCAUGUGGUCGGUGGUGGUCCUGCUGCUGUUCGUCGGGCAGAUUCAGGCCAUAUGCCCGGCGCGCUGCAAAUGCAACGAAGACUCGUUGCGAGUCUCCUGUGCUUCCGGGUCCCUGGAGGUGGUCCCCAUCCAGCUGAAUCCGGAAGUCCGUCACAUAGACCUAGCGGAUAACAGGAUUAGCAACGUGCUCUUCACCUUCAACUUCUACAGCAACCUGGUGUCGCUCGACCUAUCUGGCAACAAGAUUCAGUCGUUAGGCUCGAUGAACUUCGAGUCGCAGCGCAACCUGAAGCAUCUAAACUUGAGCGGCAACGAGAUAGAAACUCUGUGGAAGGAUUCGUUGAAAGGAUUAUGCGCCCUCGCCGAACUAGACCUUAGCUUGAAUCGCCUGGAGAAGAUCUCCGUGCACGCGUUCCGCGACCUCCACUCGUUGGAAGUGCUAAAACUCAAUGGCAACCAGAUCGUCUAUCUUGAAGAAAGUCUAUUUAAGUCCUCGACGAUGCUGCGCGUAUUAUUAUUAGAAAAUAAUCAGCUGCUAGAAAUACCGACGGGCGCCAUAUCAGACGCCACCAAUCUGAAUAAGCUAUCUCUCACCAACAAUCUCAUAGUGACAGUGGCCGAAGGCGAGAUACCAAACCUACCGCUCCUGGAGUCGCUGCAGCUAAACAACAACCUGAUCAGAGAUAUUCACGCCGGUGCCCUAUCCGGAUUAACCUCUCUGGAGUUCUUGGAUUUGAGCGACAACAACUUCACCGCCGUUCCUACUGUAUCCUUGGCGAAGCUCUCCAAUCUGACGAAGCUCAAGUUCAGCGGUAAUUUCAUCAAUUACAUUCCGCCGGUAGCAUUCAAGGGUCUGUUUCAACUACGAUUCCUGCGACUCGAUCGGCUCGAAUUUCUCUCACGCAUCGAUCCCAGAGCUUUCGUCGACAACAUUAACUUGGAGAAGAUCUGGUUGGACGACAACAUCGCCGUUGAGACAUUACCAGGUCGCCUGUUCUACGGUAACCCUCGCAUCACCCACAUCUCGAUCCGCAACAAUCAAUUGGCCACUUUAGACGCAUCGCAUUUCCCUUUGGAUCAAUUGAAGUGGCUGAAAUUGGGUCGCAACCCUUUGGAGUGCAAUUGUUCCCUUCUAUGGCUUUGGAGGCUGGAGCAAGAGCAGAAGGCUAGAUCAAACGAGAAUGAGACAGCCAUCAGCGAGGAAUUGUUCGUGGAUAUUGAUGAGAUAUCGUGCGCUGGACCGGAGCCUUUGGAUGGAGUACUUCUCGCUGACGCCACCGAAUCGCAGGUGGGAUGCUCACUUGGUUGGAUUGCCGCCCUUAGCGCCGUCGCCCUUACCUGUUUCAUGCUCGCCAUUGCCGUCAUCCUACUGUACUGUGGACCUCUUAAGAAACACGUGAAGAGAAACGAGAGUCCCCCAUCAGAGGCAGCCCAAUGCCCUAACGGACCGGCUCUAACCCUAACUUACGAAGAUCCCAGGGCCGACAAAUACAUAAUAGGGCCUCCACUAAUACACGAAUACAGGACCCUUGCCCCAUGGGAUCCGUACUCCAAAGACUGCUCUGAUGUCUACAGACAAUUCGAUAGCGCUCCGAAAGCCCGACCACACAUAGUAUACGUUUAAAGAGAUCCAUCGGGGCCGUAAUGUAACCUAAUAAUCAGUGAAUGUAAUGCCCAAAGAGUAAAACACAUGUCUGUUCUUCCAUAAAGAAAGAAAACACAAAGAAAUGGAGAAAAAAGUUAUUAAUAAUGCAUAUAAUAUAAUUGGGUACCCAGGGACGUUUCAUCGCCGAUAAGUAUAUACUUUUAUAC